GUCGGAGCAGAGACCCUUGGAACCCGAGUUCCAUCAUUUCGUUGCCACGCUGGUACACGUCUGUCUGAGCCAUCGCCGUGCACGUGGGAACCGUCAGCAGUCAUGCCGCGCCUGCGUAGGAGACAGCGCCAGCAGCUGGUUGUUGCGGUCAUGGCCAUCGCCUCCAGCUUGGCGGAAGAUGCCUUCAAAUUCGUUGAGUCCCUGUUUGACGACAACGCAUGUAAGUCGUUGCUGACUGGUGAGGACGAUGACAUGGCGAUGCUUACUGUUGGAGACGACGAUGAAGACCGCGCACGUGGACGCCGCAGUCUUCUUUGGUUGUUGCCCACUAUUUACGACAUCUGUGGCUUGUCGCCAAGGGAGUCGCCUAGGUGGUGGGUUAUGCGGCGGUCUGCGGGGUUGUGGAAGGACCUCCUCGCUACGGACGACGCGGASAAUGACCACUACUUGGGCUUACUGCGCAUGCGAAGGUCCACUUUCAACAGGUUGCUGCGUAAGGUGGGACCCCUUUUGGAGAAACAAGUUACAAAAUUCAGGUUGCCGUUGCCACCGGCCAAGAAAUUGGCCUACGCACUCCACAGAUGGGCCCACGGUGACGGGCACUGGCACAGCUCAUCGGGUUAUGGGAUGGGGAAAACCAGUGCCUUGCGCGCAGUGCGAGAGGUCGCGGAGGCCAUUCACACGGCCUUCCCGAACGUCGUUAGUAUCGGCAGUUUGGAGGAGCGGCACCUUCGCAUGCAGCGUUUUCGUGCAUUGGGUUUCCCGAAUUGCUGGGGGUGCAUUGACUGCACCCAUGUGUACAUCGACAAGCCGCGAAGUGCCGAUGGUGAUGACUACUGUUCUGGACGUAGCAACAGGUUCUCAGUGCUCGCGCAGCUUAUUGUGGACUCCGACUUGCAGAUCCUGGAUUUCUGCUAUGGCUUCCCAGGGACUGUUGGCGAUGCCCGUGCUCUCAGGAACACUUCAUUGUAUAGACACGCCCUCAAGGGUUCGCUGUUUGUGGACCGGCCCGAUGACCCUUUCGCUGCUGAGAGGCCGUCUAUCCCGGGUGUCCCGGGGGGGUACUUGCUUGGUGACGGCGGGUAUCCCAAUCUUCCGUGGAUUGUGAUUCCUUACGGUCAAUCGCMGCGUGUCACGAGSGCCAAUCAGCGUUUCGAUGCGCUGCACAAGGUUGUGCGGUCUUGCUCCCCGAUUCACACAAGUCUUACAAUUCUCCUUGCAGUUGCAGGUGUUGGGUUCGGGGCUGCCCUCUCUCACUGUUUGUACUUGCUCGRSCACGACGACAGUGGUGCCAUGGCGGGAAAUGUGACACGCAGGAACUACGUGUUCGAGAGGCAUGUGCUCAUCCAGAGCUUGGAUAGGACGGAGGCGGAGGUCGCACGGCUGCAUAGGUUCCUGGUUACGAGGGCCGACAACUUCACAAUCAYACURAGGAGCGGGGGGAGUGAACACACGACAGACAUAUCCUUGGAGAACAUACAUGCUCGCCGCUGGGCUUCCUCCGUGUUGAGACGGYUGYGCGAGUCGCGUGACGCUCUACGCCAAUGUUGUGACGAUGUUGUCGGCAACAAUAUGCAGCUACGCCGACAGCUUGAUYGUUGGAGACGUGCGGCUGAGGACAUGCGGGAAAGAUUUGAGCAUGCUUCCCGUGCUUUGGACACUGCUGUGCAGCAGAGGGAUGAUGCCAUGCGCAGGUUGGAGUCCGCUGAGGAGGAGUUGAGAGUGGCGCGGGCUCAGGCAGAGACAGCAUGGCGGUUUUAUGACGAGGUGCUCCACGACGUAGCAUGUGAAGGCAUGACAGAGGGUGAGCAGCUGGCAACGCAGUUGGACCGCUUGUGUGUCUCGGGGAAGGGGAAAGGGAAGGAGGCUUCGAUGUCGCAAGCUUCUUCCUGUAGUGCCUGCGACGCCAACCGUGCCGCUUUGUUGGAGAAGGAGAAGGAAAUUGCGAGUCUGCAAUUCCAGAUAGAAAUGUACCAGUACCCGAAGUCGUUUUGGGAAGAGUGGGACAGGGAAUUCGCUGAGUUCUGUGCGAACAUGGGGUUGCCUCAGGCACCCCUUCAUUCACGAUCGACGUAGACACGUGAGAGAGAGAGAGAGAGAGAGAGAGAGAGAGAGAGAGAGAGAGAGAGAGAGAGAGAGAGAGAGAGAGAGAGAGA